UAGAAAAUUAAGCGCCCUCAGAUAUGGAGACUAGAAGCUUGCAAAAUAGUGCCAUUUUCAUUCUUUUAACUGCUUUCGGCCUUUUUGGUCAUUGUGUUGCUGAUGAUUUGAGUAAUAUAAUUAGUCAUGAGGAUGAGGUCCAUGUGGGGGUGAUUCUGGAUAUGGGAUCAAAGGAGGGGAAGAUUGUUUACAGUUGUAUUUCCAUGGCGGUUUCGGAUUUCUACCAGAUGCACAAUAACUACACCACAAGGUUACAUCUUCAUGCAAGGGAUUCCAAAGGAAAACCUCUCCAUGCACUCUCUGCUGCUUUUGACCUCUUAGAUAACGUUAAAGUAGAAGCAAUCAUUGGGGCACAAACUAGAAAGGAAGCAAAGUUCUUGGCAGAGUUAGGAGACAAAGCAGAAGUUCCUGUAAUUUCUCUUUCUGAACCAAGUUCUUGUCUGCCCUUUGGUAAGUAUCCUUUCUUUAUUCAGAGCACACAAGAUGUUGAAACUUGUCAAUUUAAAGGUAUUGCUGCUAUGGUUAAUGCUUUCAAGUGGAGGGAUGUCAUACUUAUUUACGAGGACACAGAUUUCGGGAGAGACAUCCUACCAUAUAUGGUUGAUUCCAUUCAUGAAAAUGGUAUUAAUAUUACAUAUAAGUCUGCCAUUUCUGACUCAUGCACGGAUGAUAAUGUUGUUGAAGAGCUCCACAAACUUAUGGAAUUACAAACUAAAAUGUUCAUUGUGCAUAUGUCAAAAGUUCUCGUGUCCAAACUUCUCAUCAAUGCAGAAGGUUUGGGAAUGAUGAGUGAAGGGUAUGCUUGGUUUCUGACAGCAACUACCAUGAACCUCUUCACUUCUGUGGACCCCUCUGUAAUUGCGUCAAUGCAAGGUCUAGUUGGUUUAAAGUCUUAUAUUCCCGAAUCAAAACAUCUUCACAAUUUGACUUUAAGACUUACAAGGAAGUUUUCCAUUGAGGAACCCAACAUAAAAGUAAGAGAGCCAAGUGCUUUUGGGAUUUGGGCGUAUGAUUCAACUUGGGCUCUAGCAGAAGCAUUUGAGAAAAAAAAGGAUUAUAAUGAACUCUCUUUACGCAUGAAACAUGGUUCAUUACUUGUGGAGGAGAUUUUAAGAAGUAGAUUUACGGGUUUAAGUGGUGACUUUCAGCUUGUAAAUGGAAAAUUAGUCUCAAACUCAUUUGAAAUAGUCAAUGUUAGAAGUAAUGGGGAAAUUAGAAGGGUGGGAUUUUGGAGUUGCACAGAAGAAGCAAGUAGGAGAAGACAUUUAUCAUCUGUUGAUGAUCUUGAAGUGCCCGUCAUAUGGCCUGGAGGCUCAAUGACUAUUCCAAAAGGUCGUUCCUUAAUUAGUACGAGUGAAAUGAAGCUGAAAGUUGGUGUUCCAUCUAAUAACGGCUUUAGAGAAUUAGUAUCUUGGAUUAAAGAUCCUCAAUCAAAUAGGAUAGCACCCAGCGGCUUUUGCGUGGAUGUAUUCAUGGAUGCGAUCCAAACAUUACCUUAUCCAGUACAAGUUGAGUUCGUUGCAUUUGAAGGAAGAUAUGAUGACCUUAUUUAUGGGCUCUAUCUUGGGUAUUGUGAUGCUGUUGUGGGAGAUGUAACGAUCACAGGGGGGAGGUCCUUGUAUGUUGAUUUUACCAUACCAUAUACAGAAACAGGUAAUGUUGUUAUGGUGGUACGAAACCAGCACAGCAACAAAAACAUGUGGAUUUUCUUGAGACCUCUUUCCGCAGAACUUUGGAUUACAGCAGCAGGUUUCUUUAUCUUGACGGGGUUUGUUGUGUGGGUAAUUGAGCAUCCCAUCAACCAAGAGUUCCAAGGCUCAUUAUCCCAGCAAAUUGGGACGAUGUUAUCGUUCGGCUUUUCGACCCUUGUUUUUGCUCAUAGGGAGAGGUUGUUGAACAACUUAUCAAAGUUCAUAGUGAUCGUGUGGGUGUUUGUAGUGCUUGUAUUGACAAAUAGCUACACUGCAACUUUAACUUCAAUGAUGACAGUUCAACAAAUUCAGUUAAACCCAAAGGGUAAUUAUUUAGGAUAUCAAGCCAAUUCAGCUCUGCGAAGUGCUCUUUUAAGCUUAAACUUUGAAGGAUUGAAGCCAUAUCAUUCACCUCAAGCAUAUGCAGAAGCUUUAUCCAAAGGUAGUAAGCAUGGUGGUGUUUCUGCCAUAGUUGAUGAGGCUCCAUACAUGAAGAUCUUCAUUGAAAGGUAUCCUGGUGACUACACGUUAAAGAUGAUGCCCAUGUCUGAUAUCAAUGGUUUUGGCUUUGGUUUUCGUAAAGGGUCACCUUUGGUCCAAAACAUGUCCAAAGCAAUCUAUGAACUGAGGAAAACAGGAAAAUUAGCAGAGCUGGAAAGGAAAUGGUUUGGUUACAGUCAGUUAUCUCUAAUUGCUUCAGACGAUUCUGCAAAUGACCCUCAUGCUCUUAGUCUCGAUAGCUAUCGUGGUUUAUUCCUUAUUAGUGGGGUUUCUUCAACUUUGGCACUUUUCUUAUUCUUUGCCUUUUCCAUUAAAGAAAAGGCGGGUGAUCUCAAGGAUUACAAAUUUGUACAGCUUAUAUUACGGUUGCAGAGUGUGAGAAGGUACCUCUCCAUGAAGAUUUCUGAUGGAAACAACGAUAUAAGUGCAUGA